ACAACAGUUUGCUCUAUGUGUAAAUUAUCAUGUACUUCCUCCGUUUCUAAAUAUAAGCCUUUUUAGAGAUUUCAAUAAGAACUGCUGUAUAAGCUGGAUCUUAUUUGUGCAAGUUCCAUUCAUCUAUACAUAUUUUUGGGAAGGCUCGAUUUGCCUAUUGUUAGAGGUCAAUAAGGAGAAGGUGAGUCGCCCAACUGAUGAGGAGUCAAAUAUAACAUUUCUUUCUUUCUGCAACAGCAUGGACGAUGCAGGUUCAGAGUCAACGGCUGUGCCCCUCGAUUUAUUACUACAAAUCACAGAUGGUUUUUCCGAGGAGCGGAAACUUGGUAGUGGUUCGUUUGGAGAGGUUUACUUGGGUGUGCAUCCAGACGGGCAAAAGAUUGCUGUGAAGAAGAUCUAUGAUAUGCCCGGGGUUGACGAGGAGCAAUUUCAUAAUGAGUUUAAGAACCUUGCAAGGCUGCAGCACCGAAAUAUUGUGCGGUUAGUUGGCUAUUGCCACCAUAUUCAGGAAGUACCAGCAAUGUACGAAGGAAAAUUGGUUCUUGCGGAAAAGAUACAUAGGGCGCUCUGCUUGGAGUAUAUGUCUAAUGGAAGCCUUGAAAAAUAUAUUUCUGAUGAAUGUGAUAAAUAUGAUUGGCACACAGGCUACGGAAUAAUUAAGGGGAUUUGCCAGGGUUUGAAAUACCUCCACACUAAAUUAGAGCCACCUAUUUAUCAUUUGGAUUUAAAGCCAGCCAACAUAUUGCUGGAUGAGAACAUGGUUCCCAGAAUUGCAGAUUUUGGGAUAUCUAGGCUGUUUGGAGAUGAACGAACGCGAGCUACAAAAAGUACUUUAGGAACACAAGGGUACUUACCGCCGGAAUACAUACGCAACUAUUUAAUCUCAAGUAAAUUUGACAUAUUCAGCCUGGGUGUCGUCAUCAUAAAGAUAAUGGCAGGACGGGCGGGCUACUACAAAAGCGCUGAAAUGUCUUCCCACGAAUUCACUAAUUUGGUACAGGAAAAUUGGACAAAUAGACCACAUGAAACAUCGAGUCUGAUGAAGGCAUAUUCCAAGCAAGUAAAGAUAUGUAUUGAAAUAGGUUUAAGUUGUGUGCAGGAGGAUCAACACAAAAGGCCAACUGUAAAGAAUAUUGUUGAUAGACUGAAUGAGACAGAAACUGAGUGUACCUAUGCGUAUAAGAAAUUUGACGUGCAGGAGAACCCAGGGGGGCUCACCCCUAAUUAUUUCAUGAACAAUGGCCGCCCUGUCAGUGAAGUGCCUCUGAACAAUGAUGCAGGCCCUUCCAAACAAGCUAGAAUGGCAUGGCAAUAUCCUACAGACAUGACUGCACAACAAGGUGAAUUUUAAUACUCCCUCCGUUCACUUUUGUAAGGCGCGGAAGAAAAUUUCCGACAGCCCCAAAAAAAGGGUAAUGGACAACAAUACCCCUUCCAAUCGAUCAAUUGAAAUUCAAAAA